UAUAUAACAUAGUAUAUAUAUAAAAUGAUCGAAGCUAUUCAAACCUCACAGAUUCAUUUGAAGCUAAAUGCAAACCAAGAGUACGAACAUGAUAGAGUACCAUAAUGCAAACGGGCAUCAGGAGAGGUUGUUAGGAGUUGAGUAUGACACAUACGCUCUUACACAUAGUCACGCAACAUGGCAACAGAAAUACCAAAACGCAGAGAACGGAUUUUUAUAUUUAAAUCAAGAAAACAUAGGAUGGAGCUCACCAGAGUCACAGGUUGUAACAUCUCCAGAGUUCCAAGCCGAACUUUCAAACAGCGGGGAAUCGUUCAGAUUCCCCGACCAGCUUCAUCAGCUUCCACAGCCGUCGAUUUAUUCAUUAGAUUCCAGGCGCCUAAAAAACGACUUAAUGACAGAUCAGAUUCAUCAUUUCACGGACUACACGGAAUCGAACUCGGAAACUUGGAGAGCCGGAUUAACUUCACAAAUUGAACUAUUGAAUCCUAUUGGACAUCAGCCGUCUUCGAAUGUUAUGUAUCACAAUCACAGAAUUAAAACCAACCGACGAAAACGAGAAAGGAAUUCCAACAUUAACAAAGCAUUCGAAGUUCUUCGAUCAAGAAUUCCAAAUCUCCCGGAUGAUACAAAAUUGUCAAAGAUAAAGAUUCUUCGACUUGCAUCUCGGUACAUUGGGCACCUGAACAAAUUACUGAGCUCAGAAGGGGACGUUCAAUUGCCUGCAUUUCAAGAUGAUAUUUUUAUCCCGCCUUUAACGGGAGAUGUAGAAAACGAGUACGUGGAUCAGCAACAACACCAUAUUGAGGAAUUUCAAAUCGACCCACUUAUCGUGCGCGUGAAGAGAAAACGAACAGAUUGGGGUCGGAUUAGAGAGGAAAUACAGCGUCACGACGACCAGAACAAAAGCAAAAGAGGAAAAUUGUCGGCUUCAGAAAAAUCAAUCUGCAACGCAUCUGCCAAUCUAAUGACGUAUUGAUCCAGCGCUGCAGUAAAAGCUUUGGUAUAUCAUUUUUCGAGCGCGCGUUGCUAUUCUUCAAGAAGUCUACAGGCCCUUGUUGCUUUGAAUGGAAAUAUGCGGUUCCAUAUCUUUGCGCAAAAUAUUUCAAAAAUUUGUAUUGUAUAUCCACAAUAGAUAUACUUACAAGACACCUCGACCCAGAGGCAAAGCACGUCUGUAGCGAUUGUUUAUUUCACCCAUAAGUUUACAAUAUCAAUUAGCGUCACUGCCUUAUUUGUCCUUGUUCGAUAUUUUAUAUUUAUCCCAUUUCAAAAUAUGACGCAAUUUUUUAUUAGUGCUCAAAAAUGCAAUGAAGGAAAUGUAUAAUUGUUCUCGUUUUCAUUCACUAGAAAUAAAUGAAUGUGUGAAAAUGGAUUCAAUUACAAAUUCCUAUUAAACAAAACAAAAAUCCGGGGACUUAACAGAGCAAACUGUUCUUCCAGGCAGACGAGUUGAACCCCUUUUCAACUUAUUAAAACCGCUUGAACAAAUUUCCAGUGUUCAUUGAAAUGCCGGCAUUUUAGGCAGCAGAAUUUGAGCUUGCAGCGUGAUGAUCGAGUGAAUAUGAAAAAAAGUAUUUUGAAACAAAAAUACAACAAAAUAGAAUAAAACAUCUAACCAGUUAAAUAAACUAAAGGAUAUACUGGCACAUAUUGUACCAAAAAAUAUCAUUUAAACUGGUU